GCCGUCAUUUCUCCUUCUCCUCCUUCUUUCUUUCUCUCUUCUCCUUCUUUCUUCCUUCCCCGACCAGCAGCCGCUUUCCUCUCUUUCCCCCCAGCCGCGUCUCUCUCUUCCCCCAAACCAGCAGCAGCCGCCGCCUUAUUCCCCUCGCAAGCAGCAGCCACGCAGCACACACUCUCCUCCUCCCUCGCUGUGUCUAGCCGGCAGCAGACCCACGAACAGCCGCCAGUUGCGGUUCAAUUUAAGGCCCUCUUCAGCCAUUCUUGGCUUUCGUGCACCACCACCUCAACCUUCAUCCUCCUCUUCACCAUCCUUGCUAGUUUUAAUCCUUGUGCCUAUUACGUAAGAGGAAAGUAGAGCCUUAGUUGGGUGAUUUUGUGACUUUUGAUCGUGCAGUGACGCUUACAGGUACGUACACGCAGUAACUAACCCUUAUAUGCAAUUUGUUUUAAGACAUUAUUGUUUAUUGUGAUAAUAUACAUUGCAUUGAAACUAUGAGAUACUAUUGAGUACACUUUACAUGAAGAGCUAUCGACUAUGAAAUCCUUGCGCUUAGAAUAGUUUAGAGAAUGAGAGUUAAUAGAAGGCGAGAACUACCCCUUAUUAUUUAAGAAUUAGAUUAUGCCUAAUUGGAGUUAGAAUGACUCCUUUAUAGGUGAAUUUCAUAUUCUAUAGAGUGGCCCAGUGGGUUUUGGCGCGCUGCUAUCCCAGGGCGCUCAUUAAUAGUCGAGAGUGGAAGUUAUUCCCAUCUGAUAAGGUACUAUAUUAUGAUUAGCUGGCGUGACUUAACUGGAUUAUGUCCGGUUGUUUUAUUAGUCCCCUAGGUGAGGUUCGACGGGACCACCGUAAGGGGGGUAUGAGCAUGCUUGGGUCAUUGGGCGCCGGGAGGCCGAUAACGCCCCUUGACCGAGGUGUUACCAUGCGGGCCUUGCAAACCCCAAUAUGGUGGCCUCUUCACUGGUUUAGUACCCCAGUGUGUUAGGUUUUUCCCAAAGGUAGGACCCGAGAGGGUCAGCUGGAGGGGGCAUGAGCUCAUACUUUGCCAAUGGGCGCCGGGAGGCCGAUAACGCCCUUGGCCGUGUCACUAUGCCAGGAAGUAGAGAAAAGAUCCACUGAUAGAAAACUAUUCAGUGAUAGAAAGUUUAUUCAUUGAUCGAAAGUUAUGUAAUGAUAGAAGGUUCGUUCUUUGGUAGAAAGCUUACGCGUUGAUAGAACGUUUACUCUUUGAUAGAAUAUUUACUCAUUGAUAGAACAUAUACUUAUUAUUGAUAGAAUAGUUUAUGCUAGUGAGAAGUGUGCCUAAGUUAAGUUACUUCAAGGGUAUUACAGACUAUGGUCACACUUACCUUAAGAUAGACAAGCUCUAUAAGGGCAUGUGUUAGGUAUUCUGUUAAUGCCUUGGUCAAGUUGAACUAUGCGUGUUUUGCAAGAGUUUAUGUUUGAAAGGAGGAGCGUGAAGACCUACAUUCUACCCAAGAGCACAUGGUUCGGGUUGGAAAGCACGUAAUGAAAUUAAGAAGUAGAAGUGGCCGAUAAACGGUUACUAUCCGUGCUUGCAUUUUAUGAAAUCACCUUAUUUUGUUUUAUGAUAUAAUGCUAUCUAGUAGUUGGCCUUAUUAUAUUUGAUGCUAGUUACUGACGUGUACGUGUACGUGUUUAUGUUUGAUUGUUGAUGAUUUUCUAUGAUUGUCUAGCUAUGACGCAUUGGCCUUUGGUCUAAUGUUGAGCAGCAGGAGGAUCAUAGACAGGCGUAGCAGGUACUGGAGCUUCUUAUGUGUUGCAUUGCAUUUGGGAAAAGUGAUGAGGGCGAAGCAUAACCUGUGUCCUUACCGCUAUCUUUCGAUUUUGUAUCUCUUGUUAUCUUUUGUAAAUUUUGAUUGUAUAUGUUUUGUUAUGAGGCCUUGUGUCCUCCCACGUGUAUUUGUAUUUCCGCUGCGUAGUCUAUAACACUGUAUGGUUUUAAGGAGUUAAGUCUUUUUAAAACGCAAACGUCGACGCUAGAACCACGAUCCAUGCUUGGCAUGUUGAUUUAAGGAGCUGGCGACGAAUCAUUCCGCCGUGACAUAGUUUUGAUAGGCCGUUGGUGCCUUUACUUUAUUAGCUUCUGAAUAACUUUUGUUUUUCUACAAAGACGCACAGUUUUAAGGCAGAUGCUGCCAAAAUUUUCACUCACCUUUUUGAUUUCUUUUCCUUUUUCUUUUAUGUAACACCCGAAUUUCCUCCCGUCCUUUACGGUUUUGGUUUCGUUAAGGGGUCGGAAAUUCUGGGGUGUUACAGGUGGUUACCAGAGCCAGUGGUCCCUAUUUUCGACGCUUUGUGUCCUCAAAUUCGUUGAGAAAUUGCUUGAAGUUAGAAGUUAUUCGUGAGAGUUUGGGUAGAUAUGGGAUAGGUGCAUAUAUUACAUAUUCAUGCAUAAUGAUUAUCAUUGCACGUGCAUAGAUUAAUAUAUAGUUUGUUUCGCUUGUUAUGAGAUUCAUUCUUAUGUAUGUUAUUAUUAUAAUUAAAAGUUAUGAUGGUGGUUUGAAUGAUGACACGAUUUAACAAUCAGUAGAUUUAAAUUAUGCAUUAUCAAGCAAUAAUGAAAUUCUUAAGUAUUUGGUUCAACUCACUAGUUGUAUUAUAAGUAGUCAUUAUGGAGAUAUGAAGUAUGAAUGAUGAAAUUCUAGAGAAGUUUGUUGCAUCGGGAACUUUCUCUUGUUUGUGAUGAUUAUAUGAAAUUUAGUCUUAUGUGUCUGAACAUUUGUUCAUGUUAAUUGUUUUCAUAAAGCUUACGAGUUUUGAUAUGGAUCCUAUACAUGAACCCACUGUUUAUUUAUUUGCUUGGGCAUUCCCUUUAUCAAGUGCAUUCGUUCAUCAUAACAUAGAAGUGGUGAUUAUAAUUCUCUUGAAUAUGUUUAAUAACUGUGCAAGUAUGAUCGUAAGUAAUUGAACUAGAAUAAGGAUAAGAGCUAGAGUGUAAUAAGAAUUCGAUAUACUGUAAACGAAAGAAAGGGGUCUUGUAUGCAAUACCUUGUAAAUAAAGUUUUAGUCACCAGUUGAUGAUAAUAAUGCGGUCAUAGUUAAAGUAUAGAUGCGUUAAAACCUAAAUAUUAAGGAGAAGUUCAAGAGCAUGUUAAGAAUUAAUUGAGAGUAAAAAAAAAAAAAUAAAAAAAAUAAUCCUAGUUGAAGUGGCUCUUUGGAUAAAAUAUGGGUGAUUUUGAGUUUGAGUAUCAGAGGAGAAAAUUAUCAUUCGCAAGUCCUUUAUAUUUUGUAUUUCGUUGAGACAUGGUAUAUCAUUCAUACAUAAGUCGGAAACUUUAUAUUAAAGUGGAUAGCUAAAGAAUAAUCAUCAUAAACAAAUUUGCAUGUUAAGGGCCUAAGGAUUGAUUCGAGGGAGCACUAUGGAGUUAAAUUGAUAAUUUUGUCUUAUUAAAUGCUUAUAUGGAGUGAUGAAUGUUUUAAUCGGAUGACAAUGUGAAGAAGAAUCGCGACGGUUUUAAAGCGUUAGCUAGAUAGAAUGAUAUUUGAAAUUAAAAAGGAAUCUGUGAUAUUAUAAUUGGUUUCCUCCUGACCUUCUGGGCAGUCCCAAGACAUAAGGAUAAAAUAAUCUGAUGAUGAGGUGAAAUGAGCGUCUUCGUGCACAUAAGAUACGGUUAAAUGUUUUAAGUAUCUUUGAGUAUCUCAUUGAUCACCAAUUUAAUAGUCUUGCCAGUGUAUUGAAAUGAUAAGACUUAGAUGAGAUUCCAAAUAAAGUUGAGCUUACAAAGAUUACUGUUUUACUAAUAAUUGAUGUGAUACGUGGUAAAUUAAGGUUGGAGAGUUACUGAAGAUAAUGUGGUUCUAAUAAAAGUCGAGAGGUGUUUUAAUACCUAAAUAUUGAAGAAACAACAUUGAGUAUGCGAAUAGUUAUAAUUUAAGAGACGAAUUGAGAUAAGGGAUUAGGUCUUAGAUGAUUAUUAUACACAAUCAUUAUUAUGCGAUAAAGAGAGUUAAAUAAUAUUUACACUUGUGUUGAGAAGAGUUUUAAUUUGAUGUUACCAAGUCAUUCGAUCGUAAUAAGCAUUUGAUGAAAAGAGUUUUGAAAUUUUGACGUGUUUUAAUACAAACGUUUAUGUUAUAGUUGUUAGUUUUAAGUUUCGCAUCUUAGGUUGAAGGACAAUUGAAUUCCACUUGUUUGCGAAGGAAUAAUUAUAAUGCAUAAUUUUAAGUGUUGCGUUAUUUUGUUGGAUUGUGUCGUUGUACUUUUGUAUAGUGUUAGGAUUAUUAAUGUAGCAGUCAUGUGGUUGCGAUAACGCUCUUAUAGUUAGAGGUAGUAUUGUGAUGGAAAUGUUAUGAUGUAGAUUGGAUAUUGCGAAAUUAGUGUUGGUAGCACAACUUUAUCAAAUUGUAUGAUACAUGACUGCUUUGCUAUUAAUAUUGGAAAUUGUAGUGAUGUAGGUGUGUUCAUCAGUUAUUUUUUUUUAUCUUGCAUUUUCUUUUUUUUAUGUAUACAUAAGAUGUCAUCUUUGUUGAGCAUCGCUACUAUUAUUACCCUGUUAGUACCAUUAGCACCGUCGUUAUAUACGUACAUGAUGCAUUACUUUAGUCAUAUAUAAGUUCAUGAUCUUAAUUGAUAUAAAUUCUAUACUUUCAACAUAUCUAGUCGUAUGGUAAGAGAAUAGCUGAAAAAUAUUGGUAACCUUUGACAUUGCCCUUCAUGAUUCUAAAUCAUCCUCACAUUGUCAUAAUUAGAAUUUGAAAUUUUGAUGCAUAAUGGUUUUAUUAUUGAACAACUAUGAUAUGUGUAUUAGUAUUGUGGCUGUGAAUGUAUGAUUAUUAACUACAAUCUCUUGCUAAAAUGUGGCAUAUAUAAUCGGAUUAUAUACUUGAAACAUGUAUUAUGUUAUGAGUUAUUAAUUCGAGUUGUUAAUCUAUUAAUCAAGUCAUGAUGUAUGAUUUAGAAUGUUAUAAAAUGAUUUGAUCAUAUAUGAUUAAUGAAAAGAGGAUUUCAUGUUAAUUAAAAGGCUAUGUUAUGAUAAGUAAAAUAAGCAGUGAAUCGAUUUGGGAGUCGAUAACCAACCAGUUUUGUAAGAUACAAGUAUCCUCAGGUCUAGGGUAUGUAAUUGUAAUAUGAGUUAAGUGUUGAGCAACUUCGUGCACUUUACUUUUAGGACUUUGUUGUUUUGAUAUUUUACCCCCAUUCAUGGUUUAAAUUAUAAUAGUUCAAUCUUCCGUACAUUUCAAGAUUAUCAAAAGUACGACCUUAGGUGGUCACGUAGAAGUGGAAAGGUUGUUUGAAGAAUUACAUUAGAUAACAGGACAUUUCGUGUUGUUACGAGCUCAAGUGAUACACUUUUUAAAAGACACAUGUGCUAGAUCCGUUACUUUUGAAAACAUUGAGGAAAGUUAUCUUACUAGAACACAUUGAGAAUUAGAUACUAAGGUGUGUAGUACUGAGAUCAAAGAUAUUAAAUAACUAAAGUUUCAUGGUCUAACCACAAUAUCCUUGCAUAUGUUUCGAGGUUAGUGAGUUACGGGGUCGUAACUAAGUUUUAAGGGGGGGUUGAAUGCGGUAAAAUUCCGCGCAUUUACACGCAUUUUCUCCUGCGUUUUCACGCAUUUUUUGUCUCUAUGAUAACAACCUAUUACAAACUUACAUGCUUUCGAUCGAUUGUUUGAACCAAUUUAUGUAAUAUUUACAUGCUUUUGAUUGAUUGUUUGAAUCAAUUGGUGUGAUAUUUACAUGCUUUUGAUUAGAUGUUGAGCCAAUUUAGGUGAUUAUGAAUACUCGAAAUGAGAUAUGUAUGAAUAUUAUGAUAGAUUGAGUAUCCUUUUGUUAAAAGUGUCAAUAAGGUCACAAUCCUUGAGUCAAUUUUGGAGCUCAAAAUAGUUAAAACACCUUCUUGAGUUAUUAGAAAUACAAGUUUCCAUGAAUUGUACUCUUGUUACUCUAGUUUCGGGGACGAAACUCCUUUUAAGGGGGGUAGUCUGUAACACCCCGAGAUUCUCUGACGUCAUUAAUUAAUAUUUUAAUGACUUUUGGGUAUUUUAUAAUUAUAUUAAAUUAAUUUUGAAGUAGUUUUAAUAAACUCCUUUCAUAUACGAAUUUAAAUAUUAACAUAUAUUUAUAUUAAAAAUACAAUUAGAAUUUCUAAAUAAAGAGGUUCGAAUCAAAAUUUUUUUAUUUCAUUAAUAUGUGUGAGUACACAAAGGUGAGUCUCUUAGUUGAGCCUCGCAAGAAAAUGAAUCUAGAUUAAAUAAAUAAAUGAAUAAACAUAAUAAUAAUAAUAAUAAUAAUAAUAAUAAUAAUAAUAAUUAGUAUAAAACCGUGAAACCCUAAAUGCUCAUGAGAAGCCGUCAUUUCUCCUUCUCCUCCUUCUUCCUCUUUCUUUCUCUCUUCUCCUUCUUUCUUCCUGCCGCUGCACCAGCAGCCGCUUUCCUCUCUUUCCCACCAGCCGCGUCUCUCUCUUCCCCCAAACCAGCAGCAGCCGCCGCCUUGUUCCCCUCGCAAGCAACAGCCACGCAGCACACACUCUCCUCCUCCCUCGCUGUGUCUAGCCGGCAGCAGACCCACGAACAGCCGCCAGUUGCAGUUCAAUUUAAGGCCCUCUUCAGCCAUUCUUGGCUUUCGUGCACCACCACCUCAACCUUCAUCCUCCUCUUCACCAUCCUUGCUAGUUUUAAUCCUUGUGCCUAUUACGUAAGAGGAAAGUAGAGCCUUAGUUGGGUGAUUUUGUGACUUUUGAUCGUGCAGUGACGCUUACAGCUAUGACGCAUUGGCCUUUGGUCUAAUGUUGAGCAGCAGGAGGAUCAUAGACAGGCGUAGCAGGGGUCGGAAAUUCUGGGGUGUUAUAGUUAGGUAUCAAUUGAAUUGAAGAAAGGGAGCGAUGCCGGAAAAAAUGGUGGUGGAAAAGAGAGGGGAAUUGAAGAAUAAGAUGAUAUUAGGGAGCGACGUGGUUGAACCUAGGAACCCUUUACUUAUGGCACCUCCUGAUUGUCGUGAAAUUGUUUACUAUGUUUUGGAUCUGAACACUGCUGAAGUCUCAUCACUUCCUCGUAUCGUGUUUGGUAAUGGUUGUCAGCCUCCCGCGGGUGUUGUGGGAUCUACACUUUAUGUUUUUGGGGGCGGCAAAUCGUUCUCCUCCGGUGACGGUGAUGAUUCCGCAAAAUCAAAACCCAAGAAAGGUAAGAGGAAACAGAAAGGCUUAUUCUCAUGUCAUAUGCUAGAUCUUACCAAACCUAAAGAUGGUUGGAGACUAGCCACCGCUGGGCUCGAUCAGUCACCAGCCGUAAGGGCCAAUGGGGCGUGGCCAGAAGGUAUCGUCGAAUUUGGUGGGAAGAUAUAUGUUUUUGACAACUCUGAAUCUGGUUUUAUUGGCGAGGUUUUCGAUCCUCAACAUAAUAAUUGGCGUCGCUUAAAGUCGCCUCCGUUCCCACCGCCACCGUGUGGUGAUGGGGAUCAGUUGUUUGAUUACCGCACACUAACUCUUCCGAUUAUGGCGGAUCACAAAAGAAACAGAAUCAUGGUGUACUUCCAGUAUAUCAAAACGAUUUAUGCCUAUUAUCCAUGUGAGGAUCAAUGGCGGUGUCUGGUUGAGGACCUUAAAGGUGGAUGGCUAAGGUGGGGAGAGCCCGUGACUAUCGCAGAUGAUGGGGUUAUCUAUAUUCAUAAUCCUAGAAUGAAGGCAUUCUUUAGGGCUUAUGAUACAGUCACUAAGGAAUGGUUGAACGUAAGACUGUCCCCUGAGGCUGAGGCUAAAGCCGACUAUCAAUCUUAUCUUAUCUAUAGCGAAUAUGAUGCCUUAUUAUAUCGGGGCAAUGGCGUGCUGUGCUUGAUCCAUUCCGUUUUUCGUUGUGACGACAUCCCCUCCUUUGAACAUAUUGUCCAAUUCAAAGUCCAACUCGUCAACUUGAAUGCCAACUCUAAGGAUGUUCUUGUCACUCCGCUUUCUUCCCAAAAUUAUAAUCUCCCCUCUCGCUGCAGUACUUUUCACUACCUCCCUGUCUAGAUAGGUGUGUUGCAACUUGAGGGCCAAUGAACGAGCUUCAUGUCUAAGCUGGAAUUGUGAAGAGCUGCGUUGAUGUUGAAAGUCAUGUGUUUAUUUUAGCUGCAAUAGCGAUUGUAGCAGCAAUAGCAAUCAUAACUUAUUAAGGCAUGUUAUUAGUCCAUGUAUAUUUGGAAUUGUAGUAGCCUGGCUGGUAUGCUUAAAAAGAAGUCUUAUUUCCUGGCUGGUAUGACUUUCAUCUUUGCUACACACCAUUAAACUUUUAUAAUCAAUGAUACACCCAAAUAUAAUCCUAAUUAACAACAG